AUGAGUGGUAGUAACAUGGGCUUUAGCUUUGGAUUUAAUUCUUCCAGCUCUGUUGAUAAUAGAAGUAGACUUGAUAAAGUGGGGAUGGUUUCGAGAGACGUUGUGUUUGUGUCGAAGGAUGAAGGUUCUAUGGGUGAUGCUAUCGGAGCCAGGGUGGCAAACAAGUUACAAAGACAGAAGAGGAGGUUUGAUGCUGCUUCUUCUGCUGAUGGGGAGAAUAACGCGUCUAAGAUGACUGAGGUUCCUACUAGGAAAAUUAUAGCUACGACUUCUGUUUCGAAUAGCAGGACCAAUACAAAUUUAAACAAUAAUAGUAAGAGAAAGGAUUGUUUGUCCUCGUCUAUUUCUGGCCAAGCGCUACCUAUCACUAGAGGUAUUGAAUUGAUGGAUAAAGAACAACUACAGUCUUUGGUGGUGAAUUUAAUGAAUGAGCAUCCUCAAAUACAAUCUCAUAUACAUGCUACUCUGGAGUCGACGAAUUUCCAAAUAAAUAAAUAUUUGGAUUCAUUGAAAUUGAAAUUCGAUGAUAUUGUUAACAGUAUUCCAUAUUCGAGAAAUAACUACUACGAUAAUAACGCCAACACAUUGAAUGAUUAUGCAUUUGUAAGAAUGAAACCUUAUAUCUUGGAGUUUUUGAAUUGUUUGGCAGACUACGUUCUGGAUAAUAUACCGCCAAGAGUCGAUAAUUUGCAUGAUUCGCUAAAAUUCUUAGAUUGUUGUACAGAAAUGCUUCUAAAAUUGCCUAGGUUUGAUAUGGCAAGUAAUAACUACUACUAUGAUAAAUGUUUGGAGCAAUUAUCAUAUUUAUGGUGCAAUGUCAUUGAAUUAGUCACUAAAGACUUAGUUAUAUUGGUCAAUGAUGAACAUUUGUUAGUACAAUAUUUGGAUAAAUUAGCUGAUUAUAAUGAUAAAUCACAAGGUAUACUUCAACGUCCAUUACAACUAUUCAAAGCUUUGAAUUUGAAUUUCUCAAAUUACGUUUCGAGAUCCCACAAUACGGUGAACCCAACCCAAAUUGGUUUCAAUAGCUCAUUUUCAUCUUCUCAGAUUAGCAAUAGUAAUGAUUCAGGUAGGAGAGACACCGUUGUUCGUGAAUAA